GGCCCGCACGCACGCAGGUGAGCUGGCCGGGGCGGAGCGCAGCGCAGCCGGUGCCAGGCUCGGGCGCCCGCGGCCGCCGCUCGGAGCCACCGGCCACAGCCGAUUUCCCCAGCGAGGCCGAGGCGCCCCGGAGCCAUGGCCGGCCAGAACUGCGGGGUCACAAUCGCGCUGCUCGGGGUCCUGCUGCUGGGUGCCGUGCGCCUGCUGCGCGGAGCGGAAGCUUCUGAGAUUGCCCUGCCACACGGAAGUAGCAUUAUGGUUUUCAUAAAGCCUGGGACCCCACCUCUGCCAGUGAAGCCCUGUUACAUCAUCAGUUCUAAAAGACAUAAAACCUCGUUGACCAUCAAACCUGGAGAAAAAGAGGUUUUUUCCUUCAGCUGCCACGACCCAGAGAAUCACUUUGUCGUUGAGAUCCAGAAGAAUAUCGACUGCAUGUCAGGCCCCUGUCCAUUUGGGGAGGUCCAGCUUCAGCCCCCCACAUCGGCGCUGCCCACCCUCAACAGAACCUUCAUCUGGGAAGUCAAAGCUCACAAGAGCAUUGGUCUAGAGCUGCAGUUCGCCAUCCCUCGCCUGAGGCAGAUCGGGCCAGGGGAGAGCUGUCCGGACGGAGUCACCCACUCCAUCAGCGGCCGCAUUGAUGCCACCGCGGUCAAGAUCGGGACCUUCUGCAGCAACGGCACUGUGUCCCGCAUCAAAAUGCAAGAAGGGGUGAAAAUGGCAUUACACUUGCCCUGGUUCCACAACCGAAACGUCUCCGGCUUCGGCAUCGCAAACCGAUCUUCUAUAAAACGACUGUGCAUCAUCGAAUCUGUGUUUGAGGGUGAAGGUUCGGCAACUCUGAUGUCUGCCAAUUACCCAGAUGGCUUCCCGGAGGACGAGCUCAUGACGUGGCAGUUUGUCAUCCCCCCGCACCUGCGGGCAAGCGUCUCCUUCCUUCACUUCAAUGUGUCCAACUGCGAGAAGAAGGAGGAGCGGGUUGAGUACUACAUCCCGGGCUCCACCACCAACCCCGAGGUGUUCAGGCUGGAGGACAAGCAGCCCGGGAACAUGGCUGGGAACUUCAACCUCUCUCUGCAAGGCUGUGACCAAGAUGCCCAAAAUCCAGGGAUCCUCCGGCUGCAAUUUCAAGUUUUGGUCCAACAUCCACAAAAUGAAAGCAAUAAAAUCUACCUGGUCGACUUGAGUAACGAGCAAGCCAUGUCGCUCACCAUCGAGCCGCGGCCCAUCAAGCUUAGCCGCAAGUUUGUCCCUGGCUGCUUCGUGUGUCUGGAUUCUCGGACCUGCAGCACCAACCUCACCCUGACGUCCGGCUCCAAACACAAGAUCUCCUUCCUUUGUGAUAAUCUGACUCGCCUGUGGAUGAACGCCGAGAAAACCAUAAGCUGCAUGGACCACCGGUACUGCCACAGGAGAUCCCACUCCCUCCAGGUGCCUGGGGACAUCCUCCAGCUGCCCGUGCAGCUGCAUGACUUCUCCUGGAAGCUGCUGGUGCCCAAGGACAGGCUGAGCCUAGCACUGGUGCCUGCCCAGAAACUGCAACAGCACACGCAAGAGAAGGUCUGCAAGACGAGCUUCAGCUACCUGGUGGCCAGUGCCGUCCCCGGCCAGGAACUUUACUUCGGCUUCUUCUGCCCUGGAGGCUCCAUCGAGCAGAUCCAGGUGAAGCAGAACAUCUCAGUGACCCUCCGCACCUUUGCCCCCAGCUUCCGACAAGAGGCCACCAGGCAGGGCCUGACCGUGUCCUUUAUACCGUUCUUCAAAGAGGAAGGUGUUUUCACGGUGACCCCAGACACAAAAAACAAGGUCUACCUGAGGAGCCCUAACUGGGACCGGGGCCUGCCGUCCCUCACCUCAGUGUCCUGGAACAUCAGUGUGCCCAGCAACCAGGUGGCCUACCUGACCUUCCUCAAGGAGCGGACCGGCGUUGUCUGCCAGACGGGGCGUGCGUUCAUGAUCAUCCAGGAGCAGCGGAGCAAGGCAGAGGAGAUCUUCAGCCUGGAGGAUGAGGUGCUCCCCAAGCCAAGCUUCCACCACCACAGCUUCUGGGUCAACAUCUCCAACUGCAGCCCUGUGAGUGGCAAGCAGCUGGACCUGUUCUUCUGGGUGUUGCUUACCCCAAGGACUACGGACCUGACUGUCAUCAUCAUCGUGGUCGUGGGAGGUGGCGCCUUACUGCUGUUUGCCCUUGGACUCAUCAUUUGCUUUGUGAAAAAGAAUAGGAAAAAGAAGAAAAACAAAGGCCCACCUGUAGGCAUCUACAAUGGCAACAUCAACACCCAGAUGCCGAUGCAGCCAAAAAAGUGUCAGAAAGGACGAAAGGACAGUGAUUCCCACGUGUACGAUGUCAUCGAUGACACCAUGGUGUAUGGGCAUCUGCUACAGGAUUCCAACGGCUCCUUCCUGCAGCCAGAGGUGGACACCUACCGGCCCUUCCAGGGCCCCACAGGAGACUGCCCCCCCUCCCCACCCCCCAUAUGCUCCAGGGCCCCGACUGCAAAGCUGACCACAGAUGAGCCAUCCCCUGGCUUCCCCGCUGAGUCUGAGACCGAACCAUAUACCUUCUCCCACCCCAACAAUGGGAGCACAGACGUUCCCUUGCUGGACACCCAUGAGCCAGAGGAGCCUGGGGAGUAACUUGGACCCAUUCCAAAGACUGCCUAAAACAGGGCAUUGAGACACCCUUUAGGGGUCUCAAGCAGAAAUCCUAAAGAGGAAUUAUAUGGAAGGAAUGGCAGGAGGUUUUUCAGGACACCACCGACCUCUGAUUUCCAAGUGGACUCAUUCCAAUCAUGGGAUGUUGAAAGUGAUGAAUUCUGACCUGGAUACAAUCGUCACAGUUCAUGUCCUUCUAAACUCAGGUUGGGUUGUAAACCAGCCCAUAAUGAGAGAGGAGGGCCGUGAGUCACCACGUACAAGGUUGCAACAAGCUCUGGAUUUGGAUUUGGAUUUGGAUUUGGACCUCUUCAGGGCAACAAUUCCAAUCCCUCGGAGCCCAUCCAAGGUCCCUGCUCCCACUGGAGCCCCCUGGAUGAAAAUGAUAAUGUGCCUUAUUAUUAUUAUUAUUUAUUUGGUGGUCCUGUAUAUUUAAGGAGUCAAAUGCAUAACCACGUAGCUCUUUUUACCUGACAUGGUGACAACUCAUGCGAACUGGUUGGAUGGCUGGGUUUUGACUUCUACCGACCACUAGAUAAACAUGUGCCUGUCCCCUGGAAGGUGGGAAUAACUUGCAGUCUGUCCAGCCAAAACAGGGUGUGUCUGUUUGAGGGCAUUGAUAAGCGACUUCCUGGUUCUCUUGCUCUGCGUGUGGUUAUCCCACCGCACAGAUUUAUCUUGAGUCCUAGAAGUAAGAAAAAUUUCCUUGAAUUGCUGGGUGGCUGUCCCCGCUCCAACAAUACUUUGGCAUUUAACGAGAAAUCUAGAGAGUAUUUUCAACCUCUAGCAAUGUCUAAAAAUACGCCAGAGAAUGGCCACCGUGUUAGCUCCUUGUUGCUACUGUAACCAAUUACCUCAAACAUGGAGGCUCAACACAACAUAGAUUUCUUAUGGUUCUGGAGAGCAGAAGGGCAAAGUGGGUCUCCCUGGGCUAAAAUCGGGGAGUCAGCAGAGCUAUGCUCCUUCUGGAGGCUCUAGGGCAGAAUUGGUUUCCUUGCCUUUUCAAGCUUUUAGGGGCUGCUCACACUCCAUGCCUCGGUUGGCUGGUCACACACGGAGUCGCCCACGCUGCCACGUGACAUUGAUGCACCUCCUUCCUUCUUUGCCUUAUAUGGACCUUUCACUUAUAAAGCCCACCCACUCAAAUAAUCCAGGAAAAUCUCCCCAUCUCCGGAUCUGUAAUUUAAUCACACUGAAAAGUCCCUUUUGCCACGUAAGGUAACACAGCCUCAGGUUCUGGGGGAUCAGGACAUGGACAUCUUUGGGGACCCAUGAUUCUGGCUAUCACACCUCCCUGCCACUGCAAGAGAGACUGGGAAACGACCCAGCCCGCAGGUGUGUUUUGUUUGGCCUGCAGAAUCUUUUUGAAGAAUUUGUUACUAACAUUUAAAAUUAUACAAUUUUUGCAUAAAAAUCCAGAUCAGGAGAUCUGGCCGUUUCUGGGGCUCACUGUCACCUGGCGGCAGCUGGUGGGGUGCCUGGUUCCCCAGUUCACCCCAGUCCCCACCACUCCCUCUCGCCUCCCUCACUGAUGCUGAGCGUCUGUGGCUGCUGAUCAGUGCCCCCGCCCCACCCCCAGGGGGUUGCUUUGUUCAUAAUGAAAUGGAAAGUUUAGGAGCCAUAUGUGUCUCUUAUCAAAGGAGAAGAUGGGCCUCAAGGCUGGUGUGUGUUUCAUGAAGGUUUUUUCUCAUACACGGCCCACAUCCCUCAUUUAUAUUAAUGAUCAGCCCAGCUCCCGCUCACGGGAGCGUUUGCCUCUGUGGGCCCUGAUCUCUUCUGGGAGGAGAGGGAUCCUGUUCCGGCUUGUCAGCAUGGUCCAAACGUCAAUGUUUCUGUGGCCAAACCUCCUUUAAAAAAUAAAUGUGCUUCACUGUGUUCAGUGAAUUCACCUUGGAAACGCACUGCCUAGACUUGCUUGCAUGUGCUACUUUGCCUCCAUGAAAAGGAGUUUUGCAAUCUCCUAAAUGGUGUGUAUUCCAAGGCCUCUUGAACUCUUUUCCAGAAGGAAGGGUUUGUUGUUUGGCUGACACCCUGGGUGCGGCCCCUGGCACCUUUCCCUUGUAAAAGGCGGGCUCCUGCCCAGUUACCUUCGGACUCUUGACCCCCUCCCCAUGAAGGGCCAGAGGGCUGGGGCUUCCUCCCCCCAACUGCCAUUGUAUCAUGACUUAAAAUCAACCCUGGAGCCCUGGCCUCGGUGCUCUGCCUCCCACGGCCACGGAGCGUGACAGGCCACCCUUGGCCUGGUUGUUGUCACACGCUCCGCCCUUACUUACAAGGGCCCCAUGGGGCCAUUUGCUUUUAACCGAGAGCUCCAAACUCCAGGCCCAGUUGCCAUCUUCCUGAGACCUCAGGCGAAUUUAAUGUUUUCUGAAGCUAUGCCUCCUGGAGGUGCCAGCCCAACAUACCUCUGACUCUUUUCUUUAAAACCCAGACCCCACUUAGGUAAAAUACGUCAGGGCUGCUGGAAACCACUUGGACACAUUUGCUGACGCCUACUGUGUGCCCUGCCCCUGGGUCUGUGGACGCCUGGGCUGCCUCCACGCCCGUCCGCCAUGCUUGUGGGGAAGCCCAGCUCAUACAGGACGGGGCUUAAUGCUGUAGUCCCUUCACACAGGAGGGAAAAGCCUCAGGAAGAGUCGGAGGCGGGAAGCAUAUAAGUCCUUGGGGAAUGUAACCUUGGUCAAGGUUAGAGGACUGGUUUGUGUGGAUCUGCAAUGCAUAACUGGGAAUAAUUUAUUUCGUUGUAGAUAAUUUUUAGGUACCAUUUUAUUC